GUCGCAGCAAUGAAGUUCAUUUGUGUGACUCUGCUGAUUAUUAGUGGAAUUACAGAUUCAAGAUCAGAGCAGUAUAAGGUAGUGGGACCUACAGAUCCUGUAUUUGCUGCAGCUGGUGAAGAUGUGAUUCUGCCCUGUUCAGUCAAACCCAACAUCAGUGUUGUGGACAUGAGAGUGGAGUGGUUUAGACCUGAUCUGAAAGACUCACAAGUGCAUCUUUAUGAUGAUCAUGUAGACAAAUACACAGAUCAGAUUCAGUCCUACAGAGGGAGAACAGAACUGAAUAAUCAAGAACUACAGAGAGGAAAUGCAUCACUCAAACUCUCAUCAGUCCGAGUCUCUGAUGAAGGACGUUAUAAGUGUUUUAUUCAGUCCAAAUACCAGUAUGAUGACACCACUGUUAAUGUCAGUGUUGAGGCUGUAGGACGUCCUCCAGUGAUCACUGUAGAUGGGUUUGAUCAUUCAGGAGGGCUUCAUCUACAGUGUGAAUCUGAAGGUUGGUAUCCUAAACCUGAUCUUGAGUGGCUGAACAGUGAAGGAGUCAGUUUGAGUUCAGAAACUACAGAGACACACAGAAAUGAAGACAGAUUCAAUGUGAAACACACCAUCACUGUACAUCACAGAGACGACAAGAUUCACUGCAGAGUCAAACUGAGACAUCACGUGCUGGAAACACAGAUUAUCACCACAAGUAAAAGGUAUAGUUCUUGGAGGACAUCAAUCAUCCUGAUUUCAGUUUUUGUUGUGCUCAGUGUGACUGCUGGAAUACUGAUAGCUGCGUUUGCUCAUAAAAACAGAGAACUACGCGAUGAGCACAGUCGACUACAGAAUGAACGCAGUCAACUACAGAAUGAACGCAGUCAACUUCAGAAUGAGAAGAAGAGAAUACAACAUGAAUGUGAUCAACUUUCAGAAUGUCUGAAGACAGUUCUACCUAAAGUGAAUGUGAUUCUGGAUGCUGAUACGGCUCAUCCACAUCUCAUCGUGUCUGAUGAUGGUAAACAAGUGAGAUAUGAAAUGACACAAACAGAAGGAGUAGAUGGAAACAAAGACAGAUUUGAUAAAAAUCUUGGUGUCGUUGGGAAGGAUGGAUUCUCCUCAGAGUGUUUUUACUUUGAGGUGCAGGUGAAGGGACAAACUGAGUGGUGUUUAGGAGUGACCAGAGAAUCUGUUAACAGGAAGGGGGUGACGAGUCUGAGUACUGAGAAUGGAUACUGGAUUGUUGGACUGAGAGAUGGGUUAUAUCGAGCUCGUGAUUCUUCCGCUUACUCUCUUUCUCUGAGAGUGAAUCCUCAGAGGGUCGGUGUGUUUGUGGAUUAUGAGAAGGGUCUCGUCUGCUUUAAUGAUGUGGAGUCCAUGUUUCAUAUCUACACUUACACUGAUCAGUCUUUUAAAGAGAAACUCUAUCCAUUUGUUAGUUUGGGGUUUUAUAGAAAUACAAACUCCACACCACUGAUCAUCUGUGAUGAUUACAGAUGAGAUCAGUGAAUUUACAUGAUCAAAUGAAAUAAAAUAAAAUGCAAUAAAAAGGGUAACAGCAAUAACCAGAUUUGUUUGUAGACAAACUUUGAAGUUGCCAUGAGAAAACCAGGCCAGAAAGUUUUAAAAGAUUGAUGGUUUUCAGUUUAAAAUAGUUUUAAAAAUUAAAGUCUGAAGGCAAUACAGUCUAUUAGACGAUACAUAGAUUAGAAAUAUUAGAGUGGAAGCUUAAAUGAGUCUAAAUGGAUUAGAAAUAGUACAUAGAAUGAAAGCUUGAUUGAGUCUCAAGGGAUUCUGGGAGUUUUGACAGUUGGAGUUUGAAAAAUCUUGACUCAUCUGAACAUUCUGUCAAUGUAAAUCGAUGGGAUUUUUAUUUUUUUUUUCUGAUUUUUAAUCAUA